AUGGGACGGGAAGAUCAAGUUGAAGAGCGCGAGGUUCUCGAGUCAAUUUUCCCUGAAGAAAUUACAGACAUUUCUGAAACCGAGUUUAGAGUCUCAGUCGCACUAGAUAUUCCCGAUGAAGAAGAUCAAGAACCCCCGAGCAUGCUCCUCCAAGUGAGGUAUCCAGAAGACUAUCCCGAAAAGCCACCCCAUCUAGACAUCCUAGCUCCUCCCAAUGCCAUAUCCCACGAACAUUUCAAUGUCGCAGAAGAUCGCGACCAGCUUCUCGCCAGCCUCGACGAGACCAUCCAAGAAAACCUCGGCAUGGCAAUGAUCUUUGCGAUAGUUUCUACACUAAAGGAUAAUGCCGAGCAGCUAAUCCAAGAGCGCAAGGAUGUCAUCACAAGGGCCCACGAGGAAGCUGCCCAGGCUGCAGAGGCAGAGGAGAACAAGAAAUUCCACGGUACCCGUGUGACUCCUGAGACUUUUAUUAAGUGGCGCGAGGGUUUCAUAAAGGAGAUGGAGGAGAAGAGGCAACAGGAAGAGGACGAUCGUCUAGCUGAGAUGAAAAAGGCAAAGGUCAAGGAGCCUGCUCGCUUAUCGGGCAGACAGCUUUGGGAGAGAGGUCUUGCUGGUAAGGGUGACGAUGAAGAGGAUGACGACAUGCCUGUGGAGGGUGUUGAGAAGCUCAAGGUUGAGGCUGUAUAA